AUGUGCAGACCAAUGUUCAACUCACCUGUCAAGGUAAUUUACAUGCACAUCUGCACUAUGGCCUCCCUGGCUUUUAGGUCAGCAAUUAAAACGAAGGUCCCGUUUAAAAGUGGCUGCCUGUGGUACUCCUCUAUGCCAAACACAAAGCUGUUCAUAGAUGGCAAAUUUGUUGAAUCCAAGACAUCAGAAUGGAUCGAUAUUCACAAUCCUGCGACCAACGAAGUGAUUUCUCGUGUACCCAAAGCCACGCAGCAGGAGAUGUCGGCCGCCGUCGACUCCUGCGCCAAGGCCUUCUCCUCCUGGUCCGAGACUUCCGUCUUAGCGCGGCAGCAGGUCUUUCUACGCUAUCAGCAGCUUAUUAAGGACAACAUUAAAGAACUUGCAAAGUCCAUCACAGUGGAACAAGGCAAGACCCUCGCAGACGCGGAGGGGGAUGUGUUCAGAGGCUUGCAGGUCGUGGAACACGCCUGCAGCGUCACUUCUCUGAUGCUGGGUGAAACUCUGCCCUCCAUCACAAAAGAUAUGGACACUUACACGUACCGCAUGCCCCUGGGCGUUUGCGCCGGUAUCGCCCCGUUUAACUUUCCUGCCAUGAUCCCACUGUGGAUGUUUCCAAUGGGGAUGGUGUGUGGCAACACGUACCUCCUCAAACCCUCCGAGAGGGUGCCGACAUGUGCUAUGCUGUUGGCCAAAUUGCUGCAAGAUGCCGGCGCGCCUGAUGGGACCCUCAAUAUCAUCCAUGGUCAACAUGACGCUGUGAACUUUAUUUGUGACCAUCCGACCAUCAAGGCCAUCAGCUUCGUUGGCUCCAAUCAAGCGGGCGAGUACAUUUAUGAGAGGGGCUCCAAAAAUGGCAAGAGAGUGCAGUCCAACAUGGGAGCAAAGAACCACGGUGUGGUAAUGCCAGAUGCCAACAAGGAGAACACUCUAAACCAGCUGGUGGGGGCUGCGUUCGGGGCCGCCGGUCAGCGCUGCAUGGCACUGUCCACCGCCAUCUUGGUGGGCGAGGCUCGCAGUUGGCUGCCUGAGCUUGUGGAGCGCAGCAAGGCUCUGCGGGUUAAUGCAGGAGACCAACCCGGUGCGGAUGUGGGGCCCCUGAUCUCGCCACAGGCCAAGCAGCGAGUCUGCAGUCUGAUCCAAAGUGCCGAGGAUGAGGGCGCCAAGGUGCUCCUGGACGGCCGACACGUUAAAGUCACGGGUUACGAGAACGGCAACUUUGUGGGGCCGACCAUCAUUGGUGAUGUCACGCCUCAGAUGAAGUGCUACACGGAAGAAAUUUUUGGCCCUGUGCUGGUUGUCCUUGAAGCUGACACUCUAGACGACGCCAUCCAUUUAGUCAACACCAAUCCCUAUGGCAAUGGAACAGCCAUCUUCACGACAAAUGGCGCCACGGCUCGCAAAUACACUCAUCAAGUGGACGUGGGCCAGGUUGGAGUCAAUGUUCCCAUCCCUGUGCCAUUGCCCAUGUUCUCUUUCACUGGAUCGAGAGGAUCUUUCAGAGGCGAUAUGAACUUUUAUGGAAAACAAGGAAUCCAGUUCUACACACAGAUCAAAACCAUUACUUCCCAGUGGAAAGCUGAGGAUGCCAUGCUCAAGAGCCCUGCAGUUACCAUGCCAACAAUGGGACGCUAG